CCUCCGCCGCCGCGGCCCAGCCUCCCGUCCCCGCCCGGCCCACCUUCCUCUCAGCAGCCAUGGCGGCCUCUGCUCUGGCGGCGGCGGAGUGGCGUCUCCAGGCCCUGCGGGGCCUGCAAUGCCCAAAAUGGAUCUGGACAGCAAGAGUCAGAAAAUACUCUUCUGCAAAAGGACAAAGAAAUAUUGAGAAGGUCCUUGUGGCAAAUAGAGGUGAAAUAGCAUGCCGAGUGAUGCGGACUGCCAGGAAGAUGGGAGUGAAAUCUGUGGCCGUUUACAGUGAUGCUGACAAGAAUUCAAUGCAUGUAGCAAUGGCAGAUGAAGCGUAUUUCAUUGGACCAGCACCAUCUCAACAAAGUUACCUGUCCAUGGAAAAGAUAAUGCAGGUGGCCAAAAAGUCAGCAGCACAGGCUAUCCAUCCAGGCUAUGGCUUCCUGUCAGAAAAUACAGAGUUUGCAGAGCUCUGCAACAAAGAAGGAAUCAUUUUUAUAGGUCCUCCUUCAUCUGCCAUCAGAGAUAUGGGCAUUAAGAGCACCUCCAAAGCUAUCAUGUCUGCUGCCGGGGUUCCUGUUGUUGAAGGUUACCAUGGUGAAGAUCAGUCUGACAAUUGCUUGGAAGAGCAAGCCAGAAGAAUAGGGUAUCCAGUCAUGAUCAAAGCAGUUCGUGGAGGUGGAGGAAAGGGCAUGAGAAUUGCUCUUUCUGAAAAGGAGUUUAAGGAACAAUUGGAAUCAGCCAGGAGAGAAGCCAAGAAGUCUUUCAACGACGAUGCCAUGUUGAUAGAGAAAUUUGUUGAUAAUCCAAGGCAUGUAGAAGUUCAGGUAUUUGGAGACCAGCAUGGCAAUGCAGUUUAUCUGUUUGAAAGAGAUUGUAGUGUACAGAGAAGACAUCAGAAAAUUAUUGAAGAAGCUCCAGGGCCAGGAAUUAAGCCUGAAGUAAGAAGGAAGCUUGGAGAGGCAGCUGUCAAGGCAGCUAAAGCUGUGAACUAUGUUGGAGCAGGAACAGUGGAAUUUAUUAUGGAUAGUGAGCAUAAUUUCUAUUUCAUGGAGAUGAACACCAGGCUGCAAGUGGAGCACCCAGUUACUGAGAUGAUCACUGGGACCGACUUGGUAGAAUGGCAACUUAAGGUUGCUUCAGGGGAGAAGAUUCCUUUGGCUCAGGAAGAGAUCUCUCUUAAUGGACAUGCUUUUGAAGCUAGGAUCUAUGCCGAAGAUCCAAACAACAACUUCAUGCCGGGGGCUGGACCCUUAUUGCAUUUGUCUACACCACCCUCUGACAGUUGCACCAGGAUAGAAACCGGGGUAAGACAAGGGGAUGAGGUUUCUAUAUACUAUGACCCAAUGAUUGCUAAGUUAGUCGUUUGGGCAGAGGAUCGUCAAGCAGCAUUAAGGAAAUUAAGAUACUGCCUUCGACAAUAUAAUAUUGUAGGGCUAAGCACCAAUGUCGAUUUCUUGCUGGACCUCUCAGGCCACCCGGAGUUUGAGGCUGGAAAUGUUCACACCAAUUUUAUCCCACAACAUUACGAUGAGCUAUUUCCACCCAAAGAGGCAAUAUCUGAAGUGGCCUUAUGCCAGGCAGCGCUUGGACUCAUACUGAGGGAGAAAAUUGUGACCGACACUUUUAGAAUGCAAUCAGGAGAUAAGUUCUCUCCAUUUGCAUCCAGCAGCGGAAGAAGAAUAAAUAUACCUUAUGUUAGAAACCUGACUCUUUUAGAUGGUGAAAAUAAAGUGAAUAUGACCGUAACCUACAAUCGUGAUGGAUCAUAUGACAUGCAGAUACAGAAUAAAUCUUUCCAUGUUUCUGGAGAUCUUUCGAGUGAUGGUGAUUUGGAUUGCAUGACAUGUUCAGUAAACGGAGUUGUUCAUAAAUCCAAGGUGGUAAUUUUGGGCGACGCCAUUCACCUCUUCUCACCGGAAGGUAGUGAGCAGAUUGGUCUUCCUGUGCCAAAGUAUUUAUCCGGAGUGGGUUCGGUUGGAGAUCAGGGUGGGGCUGUGGCCCCCAUGACGGGAACAAUAGAAAAGGUGUUUGUGAAAGCUGGUGAUAAAGUCCAAGUCGGAGACCCGCUGAUGGUUAUGAUAGCUAUGAAAAUGGAGCAUACCAUACGGGCUCCAAAGGCGGGAAUAAUUAAGAAGGUUCAUUACCAGGAAGGAUCACAGGCCAACAGACAUGCUCCACUAGUUGAGUUGGUGGAAGAAGACUCUGAAUCCGAAUAAUCCCUGGUGAAUGUCGGUGAUGCCUUUUGAUUUUUCCUUGAUUCUUUUUUACUCCUCAAGAAAACAUCUUUAUAUUUCAUUAAUUUAAUUAUUACUAAUAAAAUGCUAUUAUUUUCUCUGCC